AUGGACAUGCUGGCUCCUUUCAUCAACUUGACGGAACUAGCAGAGCAAGCAGCGAAAGACACGGAGGAGGGUGGAGCUGCUGUUAAAGUAGUUGAUCGGACGUAUCCACUGGCGUCAGUGGAAUUGGACGCGUUGAUGAAAAUGUACCGUGACUGCCGCACGAAGGAAUCAGCUGCUUUGCGGACGUGGUGCAUCGGCGACGGCGUGACAACCCACCCAUGCACAGGCCGUGUACUUCGUCCGAACAGAAGCUCUGCAGAUGAUGAUGCCGAGUUCUUGUGGCCAUGGAAAGGACUUCGGUGCGACGCGUUCACUGAGCCGACCACAGUGACGCACAUGUAA